AUGGCUCGUCGUCAGAGGCAUAGCAAGGAGUUUCUGGAUCAAGUCACAGAGCUCGAGCAGAAUGACAUUUGUCUAGUUGACUCAGAUGCUGAGAAGGCGCUGGUAUGGCGUCUGGAUGCGGUAUUCCUUGUUGUUGGGUUUUUGGGAUAUGCGUUCAAGUAUCUCGACCAGACCAACAUUAGCAAUGCAUAUGUGUCCGGGAUGCAGACAGAUCUGAAGCUUUAUGGAAACGAGCUGAAUUACUUCACCACGUUUUUUAACAUUGGCUACAUGGUCAUGCUUUAUCCCUCAUGUAUUAUUAUAUCUCAUAUAGGACCAGCAAUCUGGUUGCCUACAUGUGAGGUUCUUUGGGGUAUUUUUACGUGCUGUCUGUCUACUGCCACGUCUGCGAAGCAGGUCUAUGGCCUUCGCUUUCUCAUAGGCUUCUGCGAAGGGGCUACCUGGCCGGGAUACUUUACUAUUAUCAGUCAGUGGUAUCUUCCGCAUGAGAUGGCAUUGCGCAUGAGUCUUUACAACAUGGCCCAACCAGUCGGCGCUAUGCUUUCUGGAGCACUGCAAGGUGCACUGUCCACAAAUCUGAACGGCACGCUUGGAAGAAGCGGUUGGCAAUGGGCGUUCAUAAUCAAUGGAAUCUGUACGAUCACUGUUGCCCUCCUUGCCUAUGUAGCAAUGCCUGGAUUCCCGGAAAGACAGAAUCCGCUCUCCAAGAUCUAUCUCAAGCCCCGACACAUCGAAACUGCUCUUGCGCGUACGCGUCGUGUCGGCCGAAGCCCACAAGUUGGGAUCACGCCCAAAACUUUCCUUCGCGCCUUGAGAUUCUGGCAUCUUUGGCUUUUCUCCAUUGCCAUGCUCAAUUAUCUUCCCAUUAUUGGUCAAGCGAUUCAACUCGUUGCCGAGAUCCUCUUCAGUGGGUUCAGCGAUUUCUUCGGCACAAGACUUCCUUUUCUGCUUUUGCAUGCCGUAAUCAACAUCACCUCCCUUAUAAUCUUGGUCAUUCGCCCGAGCAACGAGUCUGCUUACAUGGUUGGAUGGUAUAUGAACUACAUCGGAGCCGUCUCCACAAUGCUCCUAUGCGCUUGGGCAACCGCGCAUCUCGAGACGGAACCUCAAGUCCGGACAGUUUUAUUCGCCACCGGCACACUUUUCUCAUAUCUCCUCAGCGCAUUCCUCCCCAUCGCCGCCUAUCCCGCCGAGGAAGCACCCCACUGGCGCAUUGGUGCAAAGCUGUAUCUGGCGCUCUCGAUAUUAGCAGCCAUCUUGUUCGUCACUAUACAUUUUGUUUUCAAGUGGGAGAAGCGCACGCAGCAAGCGAGGGAGGGUGACCAAAAAAUUGAUCACUUUGUCUAA